AUGACCGCAGGUAUGCCCUGUACUCGCCACCGAGUAUUCCUCGCUACACUCAUCGUCACUGCAAAGUAUCUGAACGAUUCAUCACCAAAGAACAUCCAUUGGUCGAACUAUGCGGUUCUUUUCGAUGUCGCCGAGAUCAAUUUGAUGGAAAAACAAUUGCUCUAUCUUUUGGACUACGAGCUCCGCUUUGACGAAGAGGAAGUUUGUCAAUUAUUUGCUCCAUUCAUGGCCUCCUCCACCGAUUCUAGCACAGUUGCUCGCGCUUCUGCUGUUAAUAAAGUCGCGAAAGCUGGAAAGGCAAGAGCCGAAGCCCAGCAACAGCAGUCUCAGCCACAGCCCACCCCGGUCGAAGAAAAAGAGCCACAAUAUCCCGCUCAGGCUCAUAUCGCUCCAAAUACCGCUGGAGACGUUGGACCUACCUUGCCCUCAUCGACACCAUCAACCUCUUCUUUGACGUCGGCUGUUAGAGGUAUUGCUCGCAAGUUGUCCACUGCACACCUUCGUCAGCCCGCCGCGACGACUGCGACUCUGUAUUCGGGCGUCAGUACAGAUUCAACUGCUUCAACCGCUUCGUCAACUUCGGAUAUUGCUUCACUUGUCGAUGAUAGCGGAUCAUGCUCAUCGUCGUCAGGCUGGACGAGCAAUGGAUCGGAUGUGGAGGAGGAACCUUUCAACAAUUGUCAAUCUGUAGGCAUCGUCGAACCAAGUUCGUCAUCUUCCCAACUUGGUCGCACAAUUCCUGUCAAUGCCGUUCUUGCCGGUCCUGGUACUAUGAAGAAGCCUUUCUCGUUGCGCCCGAUACCCACCAAUGCGCAUAAAGCGAAUAAAACAAGCACUCCUAACGGAAAGAACGACAUAACGCCGACCAGAGCAAGGAAACCUUCCGAUACGUCCUCCAUCCACACUAUCAUUGGUUCGCCUCUCCUUUCUCGAAGGCAUGCUAUCAAACACCAGCCUACUGAGGGGAAGCGUUUGAUUUCACUUUCUACCAAGGCUUCGUCUAGCUCUAUCGCAAAGAAGAAAGAACACUUUCGCCUUCCGGCCAGUUCUACCAUGCCUGCAAUUUCAUUCUCCUCUAGUGUUGCCCAAAGUGUUAAGUUGCGCUCCGGCAUUGCAGCCAAUCGAUCUGCAUCUGGAUCAGGCCAAGGACUUAUGUCAUCUCAGUCCUCUGGCAGCGUGGCUUCACAGUCAUCGUCAUCUACGAGAGGUGUUGGUGCGAUCAUUAGUAGGAUGUGGGGUGCUGCUGCCGCAAACCUGAAGGGUGGCUCUCAGAAUCAUGCACCUGCUCCUCUUGAAUCAGGGGCGCGCCCAUUGACCAGCCGCCCGGAAGGCAUGCCUGUUUGA